UCCGCUUCCGGCUGCAGGUUGCUCAUGCAGCCGCCGCCUGUCAGGGAUGCGCUGGCGGCCAGCGCUGAACGAACCUGAGCGCUAGUGCUCGAUCCUGCCUCCCCUCAACCCGCGGUAGAGUCGUUAUCUGCUGGCACUGACAGGCGGGUGGAAGGAAGACGUGGUUGUGCAGCAGGCGACAUUUUUUUUAUCCCUUCUUCCCCCCUCCUCCCGUUUACCUCACGACGCGAUGAAGAAGCUUUUCGACGCUCGCAGGGAAGGCGCGGCCGCGGCGGCGGGGGGAGCCGGCGGCCAGUCCGGGAACGCCGGCGGCUGGUCGUCCUUCCAGGGAAAGGUGUACACGGUGGGCCGCUACCAGGUGACGGUGGAGGAGUUGAUCGCCGAAGGUGGAUUUGCUGUAGUGUUUUUAGCCAGGACGCCCAGUGGUGUAAGAUGUGCUCUGAAACGAAUGUAUGUAAACAGUGAACAUGACCUCCAAGUUUGUAAGCAGGAAAUAGCCAUUAUGAAAGAUCUCUCUGGGCAUAAAAAUAUUGUUAACUACCUUGACUCCAGUGUUGCCUCGAUAAAUGUUAGUGACGUUUGGGAGGUCCUUAUUCUCAUGGAAUAUUGCAGAGAUGGUCAGGUGGUUAAUUUGAUGAACCAACGAUUGCAUUCUGGCUUUAGUGAAUCUGAAGUGCUGCAAAUAUUCUGUGACACUUGUGAAGCAGUGGCCAGGCUACAUCAAUGCAAGCCUGCAAUUAUUCAUAGAGACCUGAAGGUUGAAAACAUUUUACUUCACAAUAGCGGAAACUAUGUCCUCUGUGAUUUUGGAAGUGCUGCAAACAGAUUUAUAUGUCCUCAGAUUGAAAGGGUUGAUGUAGUUGAGGAGGAAAUAAAAAAAUACACAACCCUGUCAUACAGAGCACCAGAAAUGGUUAACCUUUACAGUGGAAAGUCCAUUACAACUAAAGCUGAUAUAUGGGCACUUGGAUGUUUACUUUACAAACUUUGUUUCUUCACUUUACCAUUUGGAGAAAGCCAAGUAGCCAUAUGUGAUGGAAGUUUUACAAUUCCAGAUAAUUCUAGGUACUCUGACGAGAUACACAGUUUAAUACGAUAUAUGCUUGAGGCUGACCCUGACAAGAGACCUGACAUUUAUCAGGUUUCGUUUUUUGCAUUUAAGCUGUCAAAGAAAGCGUGUCCUGUUAAGAACAUCAAUAAUGUGCAAAUUCCUGUGAAAAUGCCUGUACCAAUAAAAGCUAGUGAAGCCGUUGUUAAAAAAUGUCAACUACGAGCAAGGAUUACUGAUCCUGCUCCUACAGAAACCUCGAUAGCACCUCGUCAGAGGCCUAAAGCAGGCCAGCCAACUCCAGCUCCAAGUGCUCUGACAAUUCAACCGGCUGUGACUCCAAGGAAGAGAUCUACCGUACUGCUUGUUUCGCAGCCAGCAACCUCUCCAUUAGUCUCACAGCCAGCAACCUCGCCAUUAGUCUCGCAGCCAGCAACUGCACAGUUGGUCUCGGAGCCAGCAGGAACCACAUCUGCAAGUAAUGGGCACAUUGGCCAAUUACAAGGUCAACAAGCACAAAUCCAGCCAGCACAUCCUCAGCAUCUACAACCAAGUCCACAGGCACAUCUGUUACUCCAACAACAGUACUUGCUACAGCAACAAACCUAUUUCCAGCAGCAGCAAAUGUUUCAGACAGCUCAGCGCUUCCAAAUGAUCCAGCAGACUCCGCAGCAAAUGAUGCAGAAUUACUACCUUCAGCAGCAAUACGCAACAGCCAUGCAGCAGCAAGCACUUUUGCGGCAGAUGAUGGCACAAGGAUGCAUUCAGCAGCAGAUGACAAUGCAACACCCACAAGCUCUUACAUACAUGCAGCAAAAGAUUCAAGUUCACCAAGCUCCACCUCAGUCCCAGCAGACAGCUAAACUAUUGUCACUAACGCCGCCAUCAUCACCGAAAGUACAACGAGCUGGCCACAGGAGAAUUGUCAGUGACGUCCCUUUCAGCAGUGUAUUUGGAGUCCCUGCCAGUCAUUCCUCUCAACAACUGGCGGCUGCUGCUGCUGAGGCAAACCUUUAUAAAUCUAAGUCAGCAUCCACAAGUCCUGCAGGAUCACCCAGAACUUCACAGCAAAAUAUUUAUAAUCCACCAGAUAUCUCCAAGUGGAAUCCAUUCGGUGAUGACAAUUUUUCUAAGCUAACAGCAGAGGAACUUCUAGAUAAAGAGUUUGCCGAGCUACGAAAGGAUAAAGCUGCAGAACCGAAGAAAGUACCAUUUGGCAAUGUCGCUCCAGGUUUUCACUCUGGCUUGGCUAUGCCACAAACAGAUAUGUUUGGGGCUUCACCCUUUGCAUCUGGGGCAGAAGCAAAAAUAUCAAUGGAAACUAUAGACUCUAGUUCAUCAGCAACUAUUCCUGAUCCUUUAAUACAUGUGCCACUCUCUAACUUCCCAGUUGACCUGCUGAUUUGUUUUGGGAAUGAUAACUCUACCGGGCGUAACUCUGUUUCAAAUCCCAGAAUUCCUCUUCCUUCAGCUGACAACACUGAGCCUUUUAACCCUGCUAGGUCUUCUAAUCAAACUGGCUGUGGCAAUAUAGUCUCAGUGAAGCAUACAAAUCAGAACAUUCCACCGGUUGUGGGAGAUAUGGCAGAGGAUAGAACUGAACUGAGUUGUGGUGAAAUGGUGCACUUUAUAGGACGCUGUUUAUCAGCAUCACUUACUGAGGAACAUUCAAGUGAUUUCACUUCAUCUCCAGGCACUUUUCACAGCAGUGACGAGGAAGAUAAAUCUAAUGAGAUAAGCCAAUUUGAAGGUUGUGAAAAAGCCACUGCUGCACUAACUGACUUUCAACUGGAUCCUGAUCUAAACCUAAACACUUGUGAUCUACACGUGCUUAGGUGGCAAGGAGAGAAUACCACCCAGGUGCUUUCUGUAGGUGAUCACACGUUGUGUAAAAUGCAAUUAUCUGAUUCUACUUCCAACAUUGAAGAUUUACAGAAUUCCACCACAGAUUUGGAAACAAAGACGUGGCCUUUUAACGCAGCUGAUUCACCUGCUGAAACAUAUAAUGGCGCUGGUAACCAGGAAACAGAUGUAUUUAAAAAUGCCCCAUUUACACUUAAGAUAGAUUAUGAUACUGAUCUUCAGAUUGUUAUAAAUACACCAUCUGGAAGCAAAACACCAUCGGCUCAGCUUGAACCUAGGCAACCCACUAAUUUGGAACAAACAGAUGUAUCCAGCCACAUUUCGUUUGAAGAGGUUUCAGUUGAAAAUACAAGGUCCUCUAUUGCAACCUGCCACUUGAAAUCGACCAAAACAACUAGCUCAAGGGAAUGUGCACAGUCAACUGGAAGUGGACUGACUUCUGAUACAAGCAAAGCAGGACAGAAAGGGGAUCAGAAAGAACUAUCAGAGGAUUACAGCUCCAAGGAUGCUUGUCAUUUAACGAAUCAUAAAACUGAAUUAUUUUCAGAAGCUUCUGUGUUAAAUCCUUUUAAUCAAUAUUACUAUUCUGAAUACUUGGGGUGCAAUAGCGAAGUGCAUUCAGACAAACAAAAUUGGAUCUUGGGACAGCUGCAAUCUGGUGGCCUGUCUCAUGAGAAGCGCUUUGCACAUUCAAGUUCACCACCACACACUGAUGAUGAUCCAUUUUCUGCAGCACCUUUCCCAAAGAAGGGAUUAUAGAACAUUCAAACAUGUCCCAAAAAGGAAAAAUGGCAGUGCCCAUCUGACAUUGUACUUUGCCUGAACCUAGGAAUAAGGAUAAGUGUGCCUGUUAUUUAUCGAGUAUAGAACAGCGAUUUAAAGAAUUAUUCGGCAGGUUCAGAUAUGUACGUUUCUUAACAAUUCCAUUGUUAUCUGACAAUCAUAAACAUCAUCAGCCCUGCUUCUCUGCCUCAUGCUGUCCGCUUAAACUUCACAUUCCUGUCAUGUCCAGAUGCAACUCUUCCAUUGUUGUGAUUGCUGCAUUAUUACUGUUUCAUCUCUAACUCAUUAAAUCUCAGAUCUGUCAACCUCUACAUUCUUUAAGCAUUAAUGGCCCUUUUUACCCUGUACUGAUGUGCAUGGCCUUUGCUCACCACAAUGCUUCAUUAAGCAUACCUAGCCUAUCUAUCACCAUUUCUAAUAAUGACCACGUCAUGGGAAUUAAAAUGUGACAUGUGUAAAGAUCAGCCAUUGGUUAUGGUAAGUAAAAGCAAAACUACUAAUUAGUGUAGUUAUUGGGGCUACUAUUACUUAUUAAAUAUUGCACUACAACUGUGGCUCCCUAUUAAUUGUGCUAUAUCAUCUGAUUGGUAGGAACAUGUUGAUCCAUAAACUAUCUGCAUUUUUGCUGUGCUGGCAUUUCACAUUUGUGUGUCAAUACUGUUUUACAUAGAGCAAUUUAAGAAUUAAAGCUGAUUUGCUGUUGUCAUAGCUAUGUUGAAUGAAUAUGUAUUUUAGUGGAAUGCAAGUUUCCAAAUUAAAUCUGAACUUGAA